AUGUCUGACAGUGAAGAUCAUGAUCAUGAUUUUCGCGGUGGUGAUGGUCAAGGCGGUACCUAUUCUGCCCUAGCUUCAACUUUGAGGAAGAAUGGACAUCUUGUAAUAAAUGGUCGCCCAUGCAAGAUUGUCGAAUUAUCCAACGAUCAAGAAGAGGUUCAUUUCAUUGGCAUUGAUAUUUUCAAUGGCAAGAAGUAA